AAAAGAAAAAAAAAAAAAGCUUAACACGAAAGUAUCCAUACCUAUGCGCCAACAGCAACGACCACGACAGCAGUCGACUUCUGUUCUAAAUAACAGUGAACAAAGGCUUCAUAACCAAGUUCGACAUCUCGUGCAUAAUAACCCUGGCUCAAAGAUGAGCCGCAGUCGCAACAACCCAACUUCAGACCACAGCCUGUCAGCAGGCUAUGUCCGCGAUUUGGAGCAAUGUCAAGAAUCAGAGUUAAUCGAUAUCAGAAAGAAAAACACGCACAUUUUGGGAAAUCCGACCAUCGUGGCUACUUUACCUGACAAAGGCGAAAAAUUACGUGCCACUAACAUUGUAAUAGAUAGCCUUUUAGCCCAACUAAAACCGGAUGGAAACUUCCAGGCUUCUCCAGUAGAGACAGCAAUCCAAGAGCCGUCAGACGACAAUGAUAUUGAUGACGCCCCAUUAACGGACGCCAUCUCCAAACUAACUUUGAAAAACAAAGAAAACGGGCGAGAACACUCUGUGGCUCUUGCCAAUGCCCAAGCAUCGAAUAAUCAGUAUGUCUCUAGCGGUAUGAUGAGGACUAGAAAAUCUUCAAUAGCCGAGGGAAGUAACAAUGAUGCAAACAACGACCCAAAUAAUAACGCUCGAGUACGAAUGAUUUCAUUGAACGAGUCAUUGCAGCUACAAGAUUCACACCAGCAGACUCAAAAGUCACAAGACCUAAGGUAUAAACUGCAAAAGCUCAAAAACCAUCAUAAAGACUAUAGUCUCACUGAAGAACUGAGACCAUGGACAACCUUCGAUUAGAUCCGGAAAGUGAACAAUCAGAACCUGCGGAUGACGACACGACGGAUACCGAUGUAGAUGAAUCAGAUAGGGAGGACACUUUUGACGAAUUCUAUGACGAGGGUUUUGACGAGGACAGCGAGUUCAAUCAGCCACGGCAGUAGAUUUCUUCAUCACCCUUUUUAUGCAAACCCAUUUUGUAACACUUCCCACUUAUUUGUCUCUGCUUUGACACUUCGACUCUUGUACUAUUGCGCCAUGGUUUUGUAAAUUAGCGUUUUUUUAGUUGGUGAAUUACUUUAGUUAUUGCGCUCUCGCCGCUAUUUUGUUCUUUGUUCGUUUGAAAGUUGACUCUGCAUUUUUGCUCCAUAUUCUUCGGAAAUACAUGACAAACUUUUCCAAACACAAAUCGAGGCAUAUAUAUCACCUAUAAAUUUGAAGUUACGGUCGUACUCUUUUUAAGCUAAUACAGUUGUCCAGGCAAAUGUC